AUGCUCAACUAUUGCAACGGCCACGGCCGCUGCUCCGCCGGCGGCGGCGACCCGUCGCCCUUCGUGACCUGCGUCUGCGACAAGGGCUGGGGCAGCCCCGACGACAUCGCCACGGAGAAGGACGCGCUCUGCAUGCUGCGCACGUGCCCCAAGGGCCGCGCGACGAGCGACCUGCCCUUCUCGAAGAACGAGGCGCACCCGAUGCGCGAGUGCUCGAACAACGGCGUCUGCGACCGCCUCACGGGCAAGUGCCUCUGCUUCGCGUCCUGGGCCGGGGCGACGUGCCAGCGCAAGCUCUGCCCCAACGAGUGCAGCGGCCACGGCCACGAGUGGAAGAACGGCUCCGUCGUGCGCUACGAGGGCUCCGCGUCGUCGACGACCUGGGACGAGUCCAUCGGCGUCGGCUGCCUCUGCGACAGCUCGUGGGCGUUCUUCGGCGCGGACUGCAGCCUGCGCCGCUGCCCGUCCCACGACGACCCCAUGACCGCCGCCGACGAGACGGACUGCGCCAACUGCUCCAAUCGGGGCACCUGCGACUACGGCAACGGCCUCUGCAAGUGCUUCAAGGGCCACACGGGCGUCGCCUGCGAGCGGCAGACGACGAUCUACUAA